AUGUUCUGCCAUGCUCCAAGUGGACUACUGGUCACUGCAGAUCUCGAAGAAGAUCGUCUUCGCAUUUCAAGUCCAACCACAGGCUCAAAGGAUUGGUAUGCGUCUCGGCUGAGAAGUUGUCACGGGUUAGACGAAGGUAGAAGCAUCCAUGCCAGCAUUCGUUCCAGCGGCCAUGGUGGAAGCCGUUUCCUGGGGAAUCUCCUGGUCCAGAUGUAUGGUAAGCAUGGUAACUUCGAUCUCGCGCUUGAAACGUUCGGCCACAUUCAAGAGCCAAACGUUUUCUCUUGGACCAUCUUGAUUGCAGCAUUUGCCCGGAAUGGCCAUUACCAGCGGGCAUUUGAGCUCCUGUGCAGAAUGCAAAACGAGGGAGUGAGAUUCAACGCGGUGACAAUCUCGAGCGUGUUGACGGCUUGCAGGGACAUCAAACAGGCUCGAGAACUGGAAAGGCUGGCAGCAGUGGCUGGUUUUGGGGGCGAGGAGAGGAUACUUCGCAGCCUCAUCCAUGCGUAUGGAGAAUGUGGUAGUGUGGACGACGCUCGGGAGGUUUUUGACGCCAUGGAAGCUGCUGGAGACCUUGUCUCUUGCACGGCUUUGAUGGGAGCGUAUGCUCGAAACGGGUAUAGCGUGGAAGCUCUGAGGCUGUUCCAGAAGAUGAGCUUGGAAGGCGUCAGGCUCGACAAGAUCAGCUUUGUGAGCGUCAUAAACGCAUGUGCCUGUGCUAGAGACUUGCGGCGAGGUAAGCUCUGUCACGAGCUCUUGACACAAACUGGUUUGGACACUGAUUUGACUUUGCAGAACACUCUCCUGAGCAUGUAUGGGAAGUGUGGAAUGCUCGACGAGCUGCACGAUAUGUUCUGCAUUAUACAAGCUCCAGACACUGUUUCCUACAACUCGAUCAUCUCGGCUCUUGCUCACAACUCCCAGCCUAGGCAAGCUCUCUUUUUAUUUCGAUGUAUGCUGCUUGACGGCAGUCUACCAAGUCUAGUCACAUUCAUCUCUGUCGCUCACGCUUGCGGGUGCAUAGGUGAUUCUAGGCCAGCUGCGGUUAUCUGUUCGCUGAUUCGAGAGUGUUGUGGAGUUACCACCAGCAAUUCGGUUUUGAGAUCGGCUAUAGUUGUGAUGCAUGGAAGGUGUGGAGACGUGGAAGCAGCAAGGGAGGCUUAUGAAUCUUACGCAAAGGACGAGCUAGGCUGCACGUCAAUGGUUGCUGCAUACGUUCAAAACCACAAAUUUGGUCGAGCUCUGGGCUUGUUCCGACGCAUGCACCUCGAAGGCAUUAAGCCCAACAAGGUAACCUUUCUCAGCGCUCUCGAUGCAUGCAGCAACACUGGAGAUUCUUCUCAAGCGAAAACUGUCCAUGGUUGUGUUAUUGACGCAGGAUACGAGACGGACCACGAGAUUGGGAACGCGAGAAUCAGCAUGUACGGGAAAUGUGGGAGUUUGGAGCAAGCCAGAAAACUCUUCGACAUGAAAACGUACAAGGACGUGCUCACUUGGACAGGAAUGGCGGGAGCUUAUGCACGUAACAAGGAAGAAACUCAAGGUCUGAAGCUCUUUAAGGAGAUGCAACUCAACGGGAUCAAGCCGAACAAGGUAGCGUUUGUGGUGGCAUUGGAUGCCUGUGCUAACUCGGGCAGCAGCUUCGUUCUGUCGCAAGGGAGGAGACUUCACGAACAGGUUAGCGAGAGCGCGCUUGAAAGGGACACUGCAGUGGGAAACUGCCUUAUAAACAUGUACGUCAGCUGCGGGAGCUUGGAAGACGCAAGGACGCAGCUAGAGAAGAUGGAGAACCAGAGGAACUUGACUUCGUGGAACACUAUGGUGUGUGGACUCGCCAGGAGCAGCGGGCACGAGGAGCAGGCUCUGGACCUGAUUUCCCUCAUGGACUUGGAGGGAGUAGCACCCGAUGUCAUCACCUUUUCCAGCGCUCUUGAGGCUUGUGCUAGCACCGCAGCUCUAGCUCGCGGCCAAAUGAUCCAUGCUCGGAUUGUCGAGAGUGGUGAUGCGCUCGAUCUUCACACGAAUUUGGUUCUGGGGACUUGCCUCGUCAACUUAUACGGCAAGUGCGGCAGUCCAGAGAGAGCAAGACAGGUGUUUGAGGAAAUUCGUAGUAGCGGCGACACCGUCUUGUGGAAUGCAAUGAUCGGAGCUUAUACUCGGCACGGGCGUGUCGGGGAGGCAGUGGAGCUGUUCCAGGCUUUAGUUGUCGAGGGCGUUGCUCCAGACAAGGUGACCUUCGUCUCCAUCCUGGCUGGCUUUUGCCAUGGCUGCCAUCAGCAGGAGGAAGCUGCGGCCGCGGAGCAUUUUCUUCUUAUGGACGAGUUCAUGAUUAACCCGGGAGUCGAGCACUUCACUUGCUUGAUGGAUCUUUUGGCGAGGAAAGGGCGGCUUCUUGAGGCCGAGGAACUGCUCAAGGCAAUGCCGUUUCAACCCCAAGGAAUCAACCUGGUGUCGCUCUUGGCCGCGUGCAAGCGCUACCAGGAGGUCGAACGAGCCGAGUCAACCGCCGAGUUUAUCAUGAAGCUUGAUCCCACACAAGCACCGGCUUACGUGCUCUUGUCCGAUGUGUAUGCUGCUGCAGCCUAG